AUGGUGUACUGCGGAAAGCCCUCUAAAGGAUGCAAAACAUGCAGAACACGGAAAAUCAGAUGCGACCAGCAGACACCAUCGUGUGGACAAUGUAUCAAGAUUGAGAAGGAUUGUCCUGGGUACCGGGACAUGUUAAGUCUUUCUUUCCGGAAUGAAAGUGACGCUGUCAUUGAGAAAGCAAAAGCCAGGGCGGCUGAACCCAGGAAGAGCAAGAGUCCACUUCCUCGUUCCAGAAAGGCUUCGCCUGUUGCGAAAAAGCCAGUGAUUAGCGAGGCCCCAGCAUCUUCUACUGUUUCAACCGCCACUGCCUUCCGUCACUUCAAUACAGGUGGCCCUGGAGUUUCAUUUACCAACUACAACAUCGAAGACUUCACUCAUCCUGCCGGCAUUCCCAACUCACCUUCCGCUGGCCUAGGACCUAGCCUUGAAGAACAGGGAACUAAUUACUUCUUUGCCAAUUUUGUUACACCCAAGGCUCAUGGGGCCAAUGGCCCUUUUCACUACCUGUAUGAUGCAGUUGAAGCUGGCAUAGAAGACAUUUUGAAAUCCUGUAUUGUAGCCACCGGUCUCGCUGGCCUGUCCAAUGUCUCAAAAAGCCCACAGCUUAUGGGACACGCUCAAAGACAAUACACUUCAGCGCUUCGACAUAUAAACGCUGCAGUAGCAUCGCCCAUAGACUCCAUCAAAGACAGCACGUUAAUUGGCAUCGUAAUUCUUGCUAUCUACGAAGCAACCGCAGGAGCUUGGAUGUUGACUUUGAAAGCAUGGACGCAGCAUAUCAACGGAGCAGCUGCGCUCAUUCGACUUCGAGGGCGCUCGCAAUUCAAGACCCUUGUUGGCCGAGGCGUUUUUCUUCAAGCUACAUCUCACCUCCUCGUAAGUUGCGUGCAGAGAGAGACGUCGGUACCUAACCAGAUAAUUGAAUUGAGAAACGAAGUGUUUAGCUACAACUGUCACGACCUUACAUGUCAAUUCAUGAAGGCCCUCGACGACUUCACCAUCCUCCGAGCAGCAAUCCGCGAAGGUGCCCUGACCUCCAGAACAGAAAUCAUCAACGCCUGCCUCGCCCUCGACGCCAGGCUAACCGACAUCUUCAUCAGCAGCCCCGCAGACUGGCAAUACGAAUCCGCCUACACAUCCGCCCACACCGAUCUCCUCUACGACGGAUACUACGACAUAUACGACAGCUAUCUCGAAGCACGGACAUGGAAUGCCAUGCGCACGACUCGCAUCAUGCUCAACCAAACCAUCCGUGCCGGUCUACUCGACGCAUUCCAAAACGGGGCCCAAGACUUCACCACCCCGGAUUACACGGCCCUGUACCAGAUGUGUACCGAUAAUGUUACGGUGCUGCAGAAUGAUAUCCUGCAUAGCGUUCCACAGCACCUGGGGCUAGUGAACAGGAAACCUUUUCAGAACCCCGAGAACUCACCCAUGCCCAAUUCAGUGCCGGUAUCCGAGGAUAGUCGCGACACCAGCUUUACAAACAUGCUUUCGGAUCUUGAAGUGCCAAGUUUUGCAGAACAAUUUGAACAAAACACUGCUCCACUUAAAAAAGCAGCCUUCUUUCCCGCUGUCGGC